AUGACCGCAGAACCAGCCAUCAUGACGGACACGGCCAUGGAGGCUCGUCGCACAUGCACGCAAAAUGGUGACGCUGCGCCUAACCAAACAGGCGUGAAAACAGACGCGUCGAACCAUGCCACCGCCGCCUUGAGUCGUCCAGCGUCCCUGUCAUCGCCCUCAUCGCCACCAGAGCCCGAGGCAGAUGCCGUGGCCAAGAAACCUUCUGCCGCUGGCGCUGCUUUGCUCAUGCUCCCGCUGUGCCUGUCGGUGCUGCUGACCGCUCUCGACAUCACCAUUGUGACGCCGGCUAUUCCCACCAUUGUCGGCGCCUUCCACUCUGUCACGGGAUACAUAUGGAUUGGGAGCGCCUUUAUCCUCGCAAGCACCGCCACCACGCCGUUAUGGGGCACCGUCGCCGACAUUUGGGGCCGCAAGCCCAUCAUGCUCAUCGCCAUCGUCGUCUUCUUGUGUGGCAGUCUUCUGUGCGCCUUGUCCCCGACCAUGGAUGCCUUGAUUGCCGGCCGGGUGGUUCAGGGCAUCGGCGCUGCUGGCAUGGGCACCAUGGUCAACGUCAUCAUCUGUGACAUGUUCUCCAUGAGGGAUCGUGGUCUGUAUCUGGGCAUCACCUCGCUUGUCUGGGCAUUGGGUAGUGCCGUUGGCCCCAUCCUCGGCGGCCUCCUGACGACAAAGGCAGACUGGAGAUGGUGUUUUUGGAUCAACUUACCCAUCGGAGGCGUUGUCUUUGGUAUUCUGCUCGUCUUCCUCAACGUAUCCAACCCAGGUACCCCUAUUGUGGCCGGGCUUAAGAAGAUCGACUGGAUAGGCGGAGCCCUCAUUAUCGGCUCUGUCCUGAUGGUGCUUCUGGCGCUCGACUUUGGUGAUGUGGUCUUUCCCUGGUCCUCGGCCACCGUCAUAUGCCUGCUGGUGUUUGGCGUCGUCGUCUUGGCUUUGUUCAUUGUGAACGAGUACAAAUUCGCCACCGAGCCCAUCAUUCCACUUCACAUCUUUUCAAACAAGUCGUCGUCGGCAGCUUUCGGCGUGUACAGUUGCAACUUUUACGUCUUUAUUGGACUAGCCUACUACUUGCCGCUUUACUCGCAAUCCGUUCUCGGCGCCAACGCUCUUGAUUCGGGCAUCUAUCUCCUGCCGCUUAUUGUCGCAAGCUCUCUCUCUGCUGCCUUUGCCGGCAUUUUCAUCCAAAAGACCGGAAAGUAUCUUCGCAUCAUGUAUACUGGCCAGGUCUUGAACUUGCUUGGCAUGGGCCUCUUUAUCUUCUUGCCGUUCGAAAAAGACUUGGCCAAGCUCUUCAUCUUUCAGAUUUUGGUUGGCCUUGGUGUUGGCAUGAACAUUGAGCCACCUCUUAUAGCCGUGCAGGCCGUCAACGCAGAGCGCGACACCGCAGCUGUCGUCGCCACCAUGAGCUUUGUGCGCUCCAUUGCCAAUGCCGUCUCCAUUGUUGUCGGUGGCGUUAUUUUUCAGAAUGAGAUGACAGCUGCCAACCCAAGGCUUGUUCAAGAGCUAGGCGCCAAUGUGGCCCAAAAUUUCAAUGGCGACCAAGCUUCGGCCAAAGUGAAUGCCAUCUGGGAUCUGCCCCAAGCACAGCAAGUCAUCGUGCGAAAGACAUUCUUCCACUCUCUCAGGGAUGUGUGGAUUAUGUACGUGGCGUUUGCAGGUCUAUCGCUUGUGCUGAACUUCUUUGUGCGCUCUCAUCAUCUGAGCACCGAGAAUCAAAAGGCUGUGCUCGGAGCAGAUCGCGAGAAGAAACAAGGCAAUCAAGGCACCGAACUUCAAACUCAGGCAGCUAACGGCCCGACAACAGGCUCUGUAAACUAG